AUUUAGCGCGAGCAGAUAUUAUAAGUGUGAAAUGUGUACAUCUAGCAUCGUACUAUCGGGUUCAAAAAGUUUUAGACAUACCAACUCAGUUUUAGAUCGUCAUGUUAAUAACCACAAGUUUCGUUGGCGGUCGAGUAAUUAGGGUAGCCGCCACCAAAACGACGUUAGAUUUUUUGAGACUGGCUAGCUCGACCUCUCUAAUAACUACAAGAUGGAAACCUGAAACUGUCUAUCUCUACCAGUUUCCUAGGUCACCAGUAGUUCCUAAUUUAUCACCGUUUUGUCUCAAAGUGGAGACUUUUCUGCGAGCGAAUCAGAUCAAAUAUGAAGUCAUAGGUUCCUACCGUCAAUACCGUUCUUCGCGUGGACUACUACCAUUUGUUGAGCUGAAUGGACAAAGAAUAGAGGAUUCGCAAGUUAUUUUGUGGGAACUCCAGAGACACUUCAAACUUGAGGAUGGUUUGACUGGUACGGAGCGUGGUACUGCUCGAGCUCUCGAACGAAUGGUAGAUGUGAGCACAUUCUACGCUCUGUUAUAUGACAAGUCGGUGUUGAACGCGCCUGCGUUUAUGAGCAGGACUGUGUCCGGCUUACCGUUACCUGGCUUCAUUUCAAACUUUCUGGCGAAAAAGUUCUCACAAACAAUCAAAAAACGAGUUAAUGGAGUACUUGGUGGAUUACCAAGAGAAAAUCUCAAGGAACUACUAAGGCGAGAUAUCAGAGCCAUAGACGAUGUGCUUCAAGAUAACAAGUUUUUAUUUGGUGGCAAAAUGACCGUGACGGACUGCGCUGUGUUUGCUCAGCUCGCAACGACUUUCUAUCUACCAUAUCGACAACUGAUUACUGACCUCUUAGAGGACGAGUUUCCUCGAGUUCGACAUUACUUACAAAGGAUUCGUCAGCAUUACUAUCCUGAAUGGAAGGAUGAACGAUAAUAUCUGACGAUAUUCAGUGAUUUUUAUAGGGACGAAGUUUUGAGAGAUCUGUUUUGACUACACCCUAGCUAUAGACUCGUUUUCUUCUUACCCAAUUCAACCAUUGUUGAAUUAGUCAGGUGUAGAUGAUGUAGUUUUACCCAGAACCAUGUUAUUUCAUAGAUUUAGUUUUGACCAGUUUAUGCAUUCUUCAAUAUGUAUAGCUUUGUCAAUAUUUCUCACUAUCACGAAAAUAGGAAAUGAGAAGGAUUUGAUGUUUUGUUUUGGGUAUACAUCCGUACCUACUAUAACGUGACUGCGCAAAGCAUUGGAUGAUUUAUUCUUUCCUCUCUUCCUUAUUUCCUUAAUCGAAGAAAAGUAAAUUGG